ACACCAUUAGUUAUUUACAACCAGCCACACUUGUCUAAUAUAUAUCCAUACAAGUAUAGGGAGCUGUACACUUAUCAUACCCAAUCAUUCAUUCCUGGUCCAUCAAUCCAUAUAUUUAACUUUUUUUUUUGCAUAGUCACACCACUUGUAUAUCCCGCAUAUCCGAUUUGCCAUCAGCAUUGAUAAGACCAAUCAAUGAUUUCUGAUAUUUCUUAUUUGAUAAUUUACAAUUCCCACAAUGGUCAUUCAAUCAAAAUCCCUAAACCCAUCCGGUUCCACAAUUUGAGAGAUUUCAGACGAUUCAUACUGGGUUCUUUGUUGAGCACUGACAGUUCUGAUGAUAACCUAUUCUUGCUUACUUCGUUUGGAAUCAAACUUAAUUUCAACUUGAUUAAUGAUAUUAACGAGGUGUUUGUGUACGAUAAGCGAUUGUUUGUGGAUGAUGUUGAUUUCACCAUUUUUGACCAAUUCACGGGUGAUGCCCAACAGCAACCCCAGGGAAUACCCACCAUACCAGCAGCAACCAAGACUAGUAGUGUGCGGGAAAUGACGAAUCAUUUGAAGGUGCUUCACAAUUGGUCUAGGUCAGUCAUGCAGGACGUGCAACAUUUGACGGAGUUGAACAGUAAUUUAAUCAAGUCAAUUAAUACCAUUUUCAAAAGUUUGAAUGUGAUUUUCCAAUUCAUGAAUAACUUCAUUAGCGAAAUUGAAGUUAGCUUUAAUAAUUACUUUAAUUAUAUUAAACUAAUCCAAUUUAAAACAUUGCAUAAGUCGUGGGAAACCCAUUACAAGAAGUUGCUUGCUUUCCCUAUGGUUAAAAUAGGAAACAAAAAUAUCAAGUUGAAUGAAUUCAUCGAGUUUGCCAAGUUGAAACAAUAUUCGGGAUAUAUUGGGAAAUACCUUCCCUUGAUAAUCACCAAGUUUAAUUCACUUAACUCGACAAUUAAAACCGUUCACGAACAGGAUAAAUUCACUAUUGAUAAGUAUAUUGAACAAUUGCGCAAUAAUUCGAUUGAUCAAUUUAAACAUAGUAAUACCGACAUCAAAAAUCUUGAAAAGUACGCUGAUACAAUUGCCAAUGACAUUGAUAGAUUAUCCCACGAUUCAAGACAACUCGAUAAGGUUUACCAACUGCACACUGAAGAAUAUUCGGUUAAUCUAUAUCAAGGAGCUAGUCAAAUAUACAACCGUUAUCAAGAUUUGUACAAGUUCAAACUGAAAUUGGCUCGUUAUUGUCUCAACGUGUUUAAUAAUAUUGCCAAAGUGCAAAUGAAUAUGGUGAAUGUCAAGACGGAACUUAAGCACUUGACAAACGACGAAGAGCCCGAGAAGCAAGAGGGAGAAAUAUCCAUCCAGGUGAUUAAUACCGUGAAGAAGUACGAAGAUUAUCUUUCGUUAACCAUUGACUUGCCAUUGCUUUUUGGAUUCAUCUUGAUUGAAAAAAGGAGACAAUUUGAAUGGUUUGAUUUUUAUUCGAAGGGAAUUGUCAAUAAUUUGUCGGAACAGUUGUCUACAAUAAUCAAUCACGAGAAGUUGUUUAGAACUAUUUGGAUAAAGAAGUUUGGUAAUUUUUUGAAAUUGUUGAGCCAGACUGAAGAUAAUACUCAAUUUAAUAUUGUGCUUCCCAAUAUCGAUAUCACGUUGUUGAGUAAUAAAGACAAGGCCAACCCAUUUGCGAUUUUGGAUGAUAUUCAAAUUGACAGAAAUGAUAUCGUCAAUUAUAUAAGCACCGUUGAAACAUCAGGAUUAGCUUCGUUUGUGGAAUUGCUAAAUAAAAACUACAAGGACUUGAUUCAAUCAACCAACAACUUGAAGAAGAUCACCAAGCUUAUAACUUCAUUAAGUAAUUAUACUUCUAUAUCCAAUCAAGACAGACUGAAAUUGGAGGUUGAUGGGUCCGAAGUUGACUUUGAUUUAAGUUUAAUCAAGGGGUUGAAAUCGAGAAUUAAGAAAUUGGAGAACUUGUUACACCAGCAACAAGUUAAGAAUUUGAAUAAUUGGCCCACAAAUGGAACUCCAGCUAGGACUAACACCAAUGGAAGAGUUGCUGUCAGUGGAAGUGUCAUGCUCCUUGAUCAAAAGAAAACAGGUAAUCCUACUCAGUUGUUAGAACGUAGUGGGAGUAUUACCAACACUACUGCCAAUGGAACUGUGGUAUCUCCUGCUAGCAUUGAUAAACAUUUGGAUAAUAUUCGAUUGAAGAAGGUAAAUAAUGAGUUGAGUUUACAAGUUGAUGAGUUGACCCAGAAGAAUAAUGAAAAGGAUGCAUUGAUUGCUAAGUUAACUGAAGAAAUCAAGAAUUUGACGAAUAAUUCCCAGACUGUGAAGCAAGAGGCAUCAAGUAAGGAUCACCAGAUUGAAACAUUGGCAGAGACAGUCAAGUCUCAAACCGAACAAAUUAAAUCACUUACCGAUUCGGUUGAGAAACACAAACAAGAAUCUUCGGAAGAAAUACUUUCAUUAAACAAGAUUAUAUCCAAUUUGCGCACUGAAUUGACCGAUGCAAACCACAUCAAGAAUGAACUUCUUUCCAACCUUGCAUCUAAAGAGACUGAAUUCACCAAGGAACGCACCCAAUUUGAUCAAGAUCUCAAAAAGAUUCAACAUCAAUUAGAAAAUACCCAAGAAGAUUAUGAAAACCUCAUGGAGCUAACCCAAAUCCGUCAAUCGAAAUAUGACUCUGGCUUAGACACCAUGAAUGAAAUAAUGACAUCUUGGAUCAAACGCCUUUUAGGAUUGGUGUUUAAUUACAUCAUUGAAUAUUGUUUGAUUUUAGAAAGUAUGGGGUUGCUUUUGGUUAAGGAUGGUGACAAGUUUGUGAUUAAGCGGGUUAAAGGAUUACGUAGCAAGAACGAGAGUCAUGAUGUACCUAGUUCGGAAGCUAUUGAUGAAGUUAUGCUGAAAAUGAAGUUUAUUGAGGAUAUGACGAUGCCAAUUACCGAGAAAUCGGAUGAUGACGAGAUGUCAAAGUAUAAAUCGAUCAUUGCUCCAUUUCAAGAUAAUGCCAAUAAUUUUAAAGAGUUUAUUGAGCUUUUAUCGUUUAAGGAUAAUGUUACUUUGCAUGAAGAUGCCACCUCAACCAAGUUUUUCCUUAAUUCUAUUUCCAAACGAUUCAAGGAUGUUGAAGGGUUUGCAAAACGUCAAACUAAAGAGAACAAACUCAAUCAAACUGAAAUUAAGAAAUUAUUAUUUAAACUUCGUACAAAAAUUUCCAUGACUGGGUUUUCCGAAGAUGAUUUGUUGUUAUUCUUGCCUACCCGAAUUGAACGUGCUGAAGCAGACCACGAUGAAAAUACAGUUCGACCAUGGGCGGCAUUCAAUAUUGGUGCACCUCAUUAUUUCCUCAAUGUCAAGGAUGAAAAUGAUGUCAAAGAUAGAGAUUGGAUAAUCGCACGUGUCAAGAAGAUUACCGAAUUUAAAGUCACAGAAGAUACAUUUGACAAUAUUGACAUAAACCCAUUCAGAUUAAGUGUUGGUGUUGUAUGGUAUCUCGUUGAUGUCGAUGAAGAGAAGUAG